UCUUAUAAGAUUCUUUCCUUCCUUUAUUCUUUUCCCUGUUGAAAACGAUAAAAAUGCAUAAUUUGUUUUGAUAUAUUAAAAAAAAAGUGUGUGGGGACAGGUACUGAUUUAUUACUCACUCCUGGAACCUUGGCAGCCCCUCCUCACUGAGGCUCAAACUGCGUUUGCAGCAUUAGGUUCUUCAGGCUUUUUCCAGCUCCUAAUCUGGCUCCACUCCCCGAGACUUGGUAGAUUUUUGGCCAAAUGUAUGAUUAAAUUGCCUAGGGAAUGGUAGAAUGUUGGAGAAAUCAGAAACAAACCCAUUGUUUUUCAUAGCACAGAUCAUACCGUCCUUUCUUGCAGAAAAACUGUAUUUUUGUCGAAGAAAACCUGGCUGGAGAUUUGAUUACCUUCUGCUGAAUUUGAUCUGGGAGAAGGCUCCUUCUUGGAGCAGACUUGUGUGACACCCGAAUUUGAGCUGUGCUCACCCAAGGGGAACAGAAAACUCCUUAAAUAACUUCAAGGAACCUCUACCCUUGCAGCUUUUAAGCUUGUAGAUGCACCCGAUGUCUGUGAAGGCACCGUGUGUGGGGCCAAGGACAGACCCACCGAGGGGCCAGCACACACAUCUCCAUCUCAGCCACUGCUUGUCAUUCCAGGGGCUGUGGGAAUACAGGGCAAAUUGCUCAGAGUACUUCCCCAUCUUCAUCUCACUUCUCUGGGUUGCUGGAAUCUUCUUCCAUCAAGCACUUCAAAUCAGUCUGUCUGGGUGUCAUUCUCGUGGCCAUGCCCCAUCUGCAGGGGGAAGCCCCCGGCCCCAAAGCUCCCCUCUCUCCCCCAGGAGUGGCUGCGGGCUGUGGGCUGCUGUACCUCUACACCCGCCUCAAGUACUUCCAGGGCUACAUGGCGGCUGCGCAGGCACGGUUGGCGCCGCUGUACGCCAGCGCCCGGCUGCUCUGGCUGCUGCUGGGGCUGGCGGUGGCCGGGCUCCUGGCACACUUUGUGCCGCCCUGCUCCUCCGCAUGGGCGGCAGGGCUGGCGAAGCCCCUCCAGCUGCUCGGCGCCUGGUGAGCAGGGCAGCUGCUCUCCAAAACCCAAGGCUGGUCCUUGUCGGAGGAGUGGGAGUUGCUUGGAAUGCUCAGGGAGUGAGCAUCUCCCCAGCUCUGCACUUACCUUUGAAGGGAGGUGGAUCUUGGCACUUCCCUGCUGGCAAAGCUCUGCUCUUCGGAGCUGAUGUCCCUUCUACUACAGACAGCAAACGCUGCCCAGGCUCUGCCCAUGGGCAGCACAGCUGCGUUUUGUAGCACUGCCUGCUCUAAAACCUCUCAUGCCUUUGGCUCGGCCUCCCGGAGCAGGGGUUGACCCAUACACUGUUGUCAUUUCUCCUUACUGCUGUACGGAUCUAUGUUGAAGGAUCACGUCAUGGCUAUGCAAAAAAUAAAUUCCUUUUCUCAGUAGAAAUCACCUGUGAUUGUCAAAGGGGUUUGGGAACAAACCGUGAGAACAGCUGAAGGUCAGGGGAAUGGGUUGCAUGGGAAAAGCUGCUAUGAUAAGAAUCAACUUGAAAGAGGGGGUAAACUUCUCUAACACCUUAUCUAAACUUUGGGAAAAAAAGCCUGACUCUAGUCCAAAUGCCGAUAUCUCUGUUUGGCAUUGAGUAGAAUGAUCUUGACUUGGCCCUGACUUCACUUACCUCCAACCUACCAGCAGGACUUUGCCCUCUCUCUAGUUUUCCACCUCUGCUGCACACUUGGGGUUUGCUGGUAACUCAAGCUGGCACCACCCAGGCAGCUCCUUGCUAAGAUCUAUGUGAGAAUAAAAAGAGAAUAAAAAGAGAAACCUAUUUCAUAAGACAACUGUUCCACCAGCGCAGCCUUGGGUGCACGGCUGCCCACGUGCCUUCCUUGCUCUCUGCCAAGGGAAGAGCUGACCAACCUUUCUUUAAUAACUGAUGAAGGUUCCUGUGCUGCUGCUGCUGCAGGGGCAAAAAUACGUGUCUCGCCCUGGGCUGCUCUAAGUGCUUUCCCCAGCAUGAGCAAUGCUUUGGGAGCAUUGGGUUAGGGCGAGCGCUGAG